AUGGCGGAGAAGAAGGGAACCGCCGUCGCGCUCUCCGAAGAGUCCACGGGUGUGCCUUACGGAGAGCUCAUUCGAGACUAUGAGCCACCGGAGGGAUCUUCGUGGAGGUUUGGCCGACCGGACUAUGCCUCCGUGAACAAGCUUUACUUUCAGCACCGGACCAUGGCACACCAGGAAGGCUCCCUGGAAGCCUUGGUCCAGAAGCUCGUCAAGAACUGGCAGGUGGAGUCCCUCCACAUCAGCGAUGUUCACAAGUGGAAGACCAUGGACACUGCAAAGUUCAAGUUGGCCGUGAAUGGCGGCUGCCCUUGCAAUGCCCAGUUCCUGUCUGAUGUUGGGCACUACAGCCUGCUCGUGGGGGAGACGGUGGAUUUCUCGGCGUCCUCCGUGUCACACGACGGGUCGCGCAAGAUCUUCGGCGAUGCCUUUCCCGAAGGCUUUGCCUGGGAAAUCCUAGAGGUAUACUCCGGGCCGCCGAAUGUGCUUUUCAAGUGGCGGCACUUCGGAAAGUACAGCGGGACCUACGUGGACAAGGCCGGCAACAAGCACAAGGGCAGCGGCGAGAUGCUGAACGUGGUGGGCAUGUGCCUUGCAAAGGUCAACGAGCGGCUGGCCAUCGAAACCUUGGACGUGUACUACAACCCCGAGGACAUGACCCGGCCCCUGACCUCCACACUGGCGGACGCCUCCCAGCGGCCCCUCCCAGUCGAGGAGGCCGACCCCAAGGUGGGUGUGGGCGGUUGCAAAGCCGAUGGCAAGUGCACGCUGAUGUGA